AUGGCUUCCCCGCUUCGAUACAGCUCUCGCUAUGCGCAGGACACCACAGUUCAAACCACGCUCGCCCGCCAGAUGGGUACCGGCGCUCCGAUCAACGCCCGUCCCGUUGCUUAUCGGACGGGACAAGUUCUCCUUCGUACAGUGCACUAUAGCUCUAGCAGCCCUGAUGUCGUGGAGUUCGAAGCCAAGUUUCUCAAACCGAAGGGGCUGGAGUACGGCCGGGGCUCAGUUGAGUUUCCGAUCAUGCUUACCGAGGGCGUAUCGGCGUUCAACUUCAAGAACUUCUUGCGCGCCCUAUACGGAACGGUGGACUACGGCGAGGGUCUGACUUUCCAGGCGUGGCUGGCUAUUCUCGACCUUUGCAUCAGUUGGCACUUGAUCUCUCUACGCCAUCACGUCGUCACGGAGAUUGAGGCGCGCUUCCCUCACAUCAUCAGCCAAGCGAUCAAUCAGGUGGUGUAUGGCCAGGCGUACGAGGUGGCCCACUGGUUCAAACAAGGUUGCUUCGAGCUCACCACCCGUGAACGUCAUAUGGUAGACGAAGAGAAGUGUCGGCUUGAUCGAGACACAUACGCGCAUCUCUUAGAACUCCGGGAGAAGUACAUAGACGUUCGUAUAAGAGUGUUACGAGGGAUGCUUGACGAUCACAGGAUGGGCCCUAGUACCACCAGCGCACAGACGCAAGUCCCCUUCAACUUCGAUGAUGCUUAUCUUGGGAUUUUUGGUCUUAGUGUGCGCCGUGCUUUGACUUGA